AUGCCUACGACAGCGGCUUCACACUCCGCGCAUUUGGCAUCGACGACGAGUUCUACCGGUUCAUUCGCGCAAACAGGCUACACCGUAGUCGACGUGAAGCAUCGCCUAGCACCUGAACAUCCAUUCUCCGCUGCGUUCGACGAGAUCGAGGACGUGGUGAACGCAGCCGGCAAUCUGGCCCUGGCGGUUGCCUCAUCUUUGCGGCUCUUCAGCACUGCCAAAGUAAAUGAAGAAUCACCAUUCCAUGCUGUUGUCGCAUUCUACCCGGCCACGGACCUGUCGCAACCGACCACAGCAAAGAAGCAAGUGGCCAAAUCGAAGAUUUUUGAUUCCAAAGGUCGACACGAGAGAUCGGAUUCGCCGUCAUAUGCUGAUCCGGGGCGGUCCCCCAAGAAUUUGCUAAUUAUCACCACCGAACAGGAUCCGUUCACGAUCGAAGGCGAGAAGCUUGCAGAGGAGGUCCGCAUGGAGGGUCAUAACGUGGUAUGCCAUUGGAUGGAGGGGAGUAUGCACGGCUGGGACAAGGAGGCGAAACGGGGGAGCAGGGAGUGGAAAGCUAAAGAAGAAACAUAUGGAUAUGCUGCUGACAUGCUGAGGAUACGGGAGAGCAGCUGUGAUCCUGAAACGAAGUGA